AUGAUCAGCACCGUCGAUUUUGACAAUCCAGGCAAGACUGUCCUGAAGCCAGUAAAAUUAGCGCACGUGGUACUUCGUACCAACAACUUCCUCCGUCUCUCAUCCUACUAUCAGACCUUUCUCCAAGCCCAAAUCAAUUUUGAAAAUGAUUUCAUGCAUCUCCUUACCUACGACGAUGAACAUCACCGCAUUGGUAUAGUCAACAUGGACAUCGCCAAUAAAGACUCAAAGACAUGCGGUCUUGAGCACAUCGCCUUCUCCUACUCAUCCCUCACCGACCUCGCUAUGUCCUAUCUUCAGCGGAAGGAAAAUGGUAUUGAGCCAUUUUGGUGCAUCAAUCAUGUGGCCCUACUACCAGUCUGUACUAUCAUGAUCCUGAUGGGAAUACGCUUGAGUUGCAGGUUGAGAAUUUUGAUACGUUGGAGGAAGCGGCGGAGUAUAUGCAGUCAGAGGCCUAUUUGA